UUCAGCUGCAUUUACUGUCAACUGAACCUCUUUUUGUGAGUGAGAUUCAUGUAUCCAUGAGGACUGGUUUCUUGUUUUCUUGGAACACACAACUCUUUAAUUUGAGUUUUUUUUUUGUAUUACUUUGUUUUUGCCUCAAGCUGUGACAAUUAUCAAGUGAUUUUGGUACUGAAGAUUUUCUGACACUUUGGAUGAUGUUGCUGCUGGGGUCUUUGCUUUUAGUUGCUGUUUCCAUUAUAAGCACGGAGAGAGACUAUUUUUACAAACCUAAUGCAACCACAUGGGAUGAUGCCAGACUUCAAUGUCAGGCCUGUUACAAAGACUUGACCACCAUCACACCAGCAGCUGCUGAGUUAAUAAUUCGGAACCUUACUGACGACUACUGGAUCGGCCUGCGCCAAAACACAAGUGCUUCAAAAUUUUGGUCACAGUGGGCCAAUGGUGAGCCUGUCAUCUACCAGAACUGGUAUCCUGGUCAUCCUGUCCCGAAAAAGAUUCCAGUGCCGCAGCCCACAUGUCCACCACCACCACCAGUAAUUAACAAUACAAAUCCACAGGUGAUGCAGUGCCCAGCCUUUGCAAGGCUCUGUGCAUGUCUAAAUACCACUGAGAAAGACGAUUUGUUCAACAUGGAUAAUAACAGUGCAGUGACUGAGAUGAUGUGUCCAGCUUUGGGGAAGCUCUGUGACUGUCUAAAUGCAUCCGAGUACAACCCUCCCAUUACAGUAUCCCCAACUGUCUUUACCACAACGCAUUUGGUUACAAGCUCAACUCCUAGAAUGCUUGUAUCUCCUAACUCCUCUAUAAGUACUAUCAUUGAUAAUUUAGAGCCUCAAUAUAUUGAGGAUUCCUGUGUGGUCCUGCUUAGCUUUGGGAUGUGGCAAGAAAAGCACUGCAAUGAAUCUCUGCCCUACAUCUGCUAUGAUGAUCGUUUUUAUGGUGACAUAACAAUCUCCAACAGGACACAAAGUGGAGGGAUUUUGAGUUGGAGUAAGGCAGGUAUAAACAUUUCUCAGUACAGAGUAAUGAUCAAUGGAAGUUAUUUAAAUGAAACAUCUGCGACAAGUUACCAGAUUGAAGGCCUGGCUCCGGGAACAGAGUACACCAUGCAGGUAAUCCCUGUGAAGUGUGAGAGGGACCUCAACCCUCAGAAUAUCUCCUUCUACACGUUACCAGAGAAAAUCAGUAAUCUUAGCAUAGUAAAGGUGGGAACAGAUGAAAUUACCCUCAGUUGGAACACAUCAGGGGGAACUAAUGUAUCCUACUUAGUAAUUAGUGACCAGAAAAUUUUAAAUAGAAGUUGCUGUCCUGAAAAAUGCCAAUUAACUGAACUGGAACCAGGACAAAUGUAUAAUUUCACUGUAAAAGCUGUGGUCAAUAUAACCAUUUUUGGAGAGCCAGGCCACAUCAGUACUUGCACUAAGCCUUCCAAAGUGAUAAACCUUACUUCUUUCAACAAUGAAAGUGACAAGAUAAUAGCGAGGUGGGAUUCACCGGACAGCAAUAGAUGGAACUACAUCUAUAACAUUACUCUGUACAAUGGAACUACUUUAAAGAAUUUAACACAAAAAAAUUUAAGUCUCACAAGCAUGUCCUCCCUCACAUCUGGUAGUAGUUACACAUUAACCGUGUCAGUAAGAGUACCAAACUGCCCUGAUGAAGAAGAAGCCACUUCUAUCACUGCUUAUACUACACCAAUGCCAGUGAGGAACCUUUCACUGAACAGUACAAAUAACAGUAUUACUGCAACUUGGAACAGUCCAGAAGGAAAUUUUGCUUGGUUCAUUGUAAAUAUCUCUAGCUCCAUGAGCCAGAACAUCCCUGGUCCUCAUGCCAACACAACCUUGUUGAAUUAUACAUUCAACUCCUUAAAUACAGCAACGAAUUACACUGUUACUGUCACUACUUAUGUGAAGGAAGAUCUGAAUCCAAGUAUUGCAGUCAAUAAUUCAACUUUUACCAAGCCCAAUUCUCCUGGUAAGGCUAGUGCAGAAAUCUUAAACAAUACCACAGUACAUUUAAGGUGGGAAAACCCAAUAGACUCAGAAGGAGUAAAAGGCAUUGUUUACUCAGUGAAAUAUGUUUCUGAGUUUUGGGGUGAUGGUGGAAAUCUAACCAUAACUGGAAACAACUCAACCAUGAUUGAUAGACUCAAAUCUGGCAGCAAGUACAAUUUUUAUGUUACAGUUUUAGCUGGUGGUCUUGAAAGUCUUCCCUCAGAGACUACUGGAUAUACAAAACCUGAACUUAGAAAAUUAUCCCUUAUGAUGCUGUGUUCCUCCUCCACUCAACUUUACUGCAUGGGCUCCAAUGCUAAAUCCAAUAUCCUAACAGCGCUGAACAAUUCUAUUUACAAGAAAUUUAAGGACAAUGUUUUCUGGAAUCUUACUGAGAAUGACAUGAAUUAACACAAAUAAGUCAAUGCGAAAAAUAUAUAUUUUUAAAAUAUAUGCAGCACAAUAAUUUUUGCUUUUCUUGUAUCAGUUAAA